AUGCGUUUCUCAUUGAGUUUAUUGUCGCUCUUGACAGUGUCACUUGCUUCGCCUAUUGGAAAGCUUUUUGCUAGGGACGAGGCCUCCACUACUGCGUCUCUCGAUGCGGCUACCAGCACUGACAGCUCUGCAUCAGUGGCCUACGGGAAUCCAUUUGCGCUGUUCAAGCCUAAGGUUUUCAUAAUCUCCAUGUUCUACCUGGAGAGAGACCCUUGGCUGGAGGAACUCGACAUGGUGUACAACAUUACCAUUCCGGGGUUGUCGCCAGUGUACCCAGAAAUUCACUGUGUCGCGAACUACUCUAUCUGUCAAGUCACCACGGGUGAGGCUGAGAUUAACGCCGCGGCCACCAUUACCGCCUUGACUCUGUCUCCUCUGUUCGAUUUGACCGAAACCUACUUCAUGGUGGCCGGUAUCGCUGGUAUCUCGCCCAAGAUGGGAACCAUCGGUUCUGCCACCUUUGCCAGGUUUGCCGUCCAGGUCGGAUUGGCUUACGAGGUGGAUGCCCGCCAGAUGCCUGCCAACUGGACCACGGGUUACUUUCCAUUCGGAACCACCUAUUCCGACCAAUAUCCGGAGAACAUAUACGGAACCGAGGUGUUCGAGCUUAACGUGAACCUUCGUGACCACGCUUUGUACCUGGCUCAACAGGUUGAGCUCAACAAUGGAACCGAAGCCAAUGCCGAGUUCCGUGCUUUGUAUCCAUAUGCUCCUGCCAAUGAACUUCCAAAGGCCAUUGCUGGUGAUACAGCCACCUCGGAUGUCUACUGGUUCGGUUCCUUGUUAGCUGAAUCUUUUGAGAACUACAUCACUCUGGUCACCAACGGAACCGCUGUGUACUGUUCCACCCAGCAGGAAGACAAUGCUACUCUUGAGGCCAUGGUGCGUGCAGCCAAGCACGGACUUGUUGACUUUUCCAGAAUUGUCGUCCUGAGAACUGCCUCUGACUUUGACAGACCUCCUCCAAUUUACGAAAACGACACCACCUACUUCUUCAAUGAUGCAUACCAGGGUGGAAUUUCCGCCUCUUUGAAGAACCUGGUUAUUGCUGGUCUGCCUUUCGUUGAGGAUGUAAUCAAUAACUGGGAUCAUCUGUAUGCCACCAACUACUUCACCCCAGCCAAUUACAUCGGCGACUUCUUCGGAACUCUUGGUGGAACUCCAGACUUUGGUACUGAUUCUGAUCACUCUGCCUAA